UGGAGAGGCGCAGAAAGAGAAAGUGAAUGAAUAAAGUCAGUUUUGCUGCAAGUCUUUUGCAUUAUUUUUGUCUACCUUCUGCUUAGUUUUUGGCUUUAUUUUGGCUUUUUUCAUCAUCAUUUCAGUUGCUAACUUAUUUUGAAUAAUCACCACAAUCAUCAUGGUUGCAUGUUAAUAAACCUUUAUUCAGUGUUCAAAUUUAUACUACAAAGCAACUGUUUCCAGUUUCUCGUCUGAUAAAUCUCUCUCUCUCUUUCUCCGUUUGUGAUAUUCCUGCUCUUCUCCUCGUGUUAUGUGUUUUUUUAAUUUGAUUGGUUACAUUCUUGAUACCCCUGCUAAUCAAUUUAAUUAAGGGUGUUUGGAUAAGUGUUCAUCUUGUAAAUUAAGAGUGGAGUCUGAGAGAGAGAGACUGCUUUUUCUUGAUUCCAAUGAAGAAAUAAGAUUGUCUGUGUUUUCAAUUUUGGCAAAACAUAUGAUAAUGAAGUUCGAAGUCUGAACCUACAUCAACAACGGUUAAUUCAUCUUCAAUUCUUCUUCCAGUUUAUUCCACUUCAGAUGUAUUUUGUUUCGAAAAAUCCUUUCACUUUCGAGCACUCUAUUGUCACAAGGUAGAUUGUGUAAAUUGUCAUCAAUUCCAUCUGUUUAUUAUGACAAAUCAUGGUAAAACCAGUCUGGUGAUUAUCGACAAGAGCUUUCAACAUUUGUCUUACACUUUUUGACUCACCAAUAGUUGAAAACAGUGUCCGUUUUUAGUAAAGUUUUUUGGGUCGUUUGGCCAUUCCUCGGGAUUUUUAAACCUUCAUACCUACACAUUAAAUCAAAUGGCGCCAUCAGUGAUUGGACUCGGUAGAAGAGGUUUUUGGGAUCCAAUAACUUCGACUAUCGACUGGUGUGAAACCAAUUACGAAGUUAGCUUCUACAUAGCUGAAUUUUGGAACACUUUGUCUAAUUUAACUUUCAUCAUACCACCGUUGAUUGCCUUUGCUCAUCUACAGCGAUAUGAAAUUCCCUUUUUAUUUCUUAGUCCAUUGUUAUAUCUUUCAUUUGUCGGCCUUGGAUCUGCAGCAUUUCACAUGACUCUUAAAUAUGAGAUGCAAUUGUGGGAUGAAAUGACCAUGAUCUGGGAAGCCCUUCUGGUCAGUUUUCUGUUUAUUAAAAUGCUUCAUCCACCAACGGCAGCGAAAAAAUCAACGAAGAUUGGUCUUAUUGCAGUUGGAUUGCUUCUGGAAAUCUCUUAUUUAGUCGUAAAUCAGCCACUAUUCUUUCAACUUGGCUUUGCUGCGAUCCAUUACAUGGUAAUUUAUCUUGGAUAUCGAAUUACUCGAACCUGCCCAUCAUCACCUAAACUUUUCUGGAUAGGUGUUUUCCUCAAUCAUUUCGCAUUCUUUUUGUGGAACAUUGACAAUAUCUUUUGCCGUCAACUUGACGGAUUUCGAUGCAGUAUACCAAACAUAUUGACACCUUUAUUCCAACUUCACGCAGUUUGGCAUGUAAUCGCCGGUUUUGCAACUUACUGUAUGAUCACAUUUGCUAUUCAUGCUCAUCUACUCAGUCAAAGGCGAUAUUUUUACAUCAAACUACACCCUUUAACUGGACUAAUAUUAAGUAAAACUUAAACCAGCAAUGAGCCAGAUAUUAAUAAUGCUGUUGUAAUUUGUUCAGUCAUUAUUUUCAGAAGCAUGACAAAUUAAAAAACGCAAGUAAACAAACAUUUAAUAUAAAGCGAAUGCGGAAAGAGAUAAACAUGUAUCCAAGCGUAUUUAUCAAACAAAAAGAGACAAAUGGGAGAUCCAAAAAAAGUGAAACCAAAAUAAAACAACAUUGUCACCAUGAUGAUGAUUAUCACCGAGGAAUUAUCCUAUUUAUUCACAAACACCUAUUGCUUUUCAAACAACUCACUCUUCAACUUUCUCCUUCCUCAUUUUUACUGUUAAUUUGCUGCUCCUACUCAUUGAUCAGUUAACAAGGCCAUCAUUUUCCUCUGCCAAUGUGAAUGGAAUAGAGGCAAAGAGCUUAACAAAAGGAAACGAAAAACUCAUUGGAAUCAAUGGAAACGAGAACUUGAAUUAUAUAACAAAUUACAUCAUCCAACAUCAUUUC